ACUACCUUGGGGCGGCCCGUCAGGAAGUCCAGGAUCCAGUUGCAGAGGGAGUGCAUACUAUCUCAGCCCAAGUUCUGGGCUGUGGUGACGGCACUGUGUCUAAGGACCAACCUCGAGAGGGGCAGCUCUCGACGGGUGCAGGGGGCCAUGAUGCAGACACAGACUAUAGUGGAUUGCUUUGAGGAGAAGAGCUGUCCUGUGACUCAGCGUCUGAAACUCUUCUACUGCUGCCAGGCUCCUCCCAGGUGGGCUGUCCAGCAGCAGCUGGCCAACCUGCUGACAGACCUGGGCUGCACCAGCUCAGCCCUGCACCAGCUCAGCCCUGCACCAGCUCAGCCCUGCACCAGCUCAGCCCUGCUAAUCUACGAGAAGCUGGAGUUGUGGGAGGAUGCUGUCAUCUGCCUGGAGAGGAUGGGCCAACAUGGCAAGUGCGCACCUGUUUAUGCACUCAUUUGUGUUCUCGGGCAUUCCAGCUGUCAGACAAAUCAGUCCCAGGGAGAUCUGGCUCUGUGUCUCUGGCGUUAUUAUUAACCUGUCUGGCCCCCAGGGCCCCCCUGGGACUCACACACUCCCAGAUAGACAGAAAUAUAGCAUGUUUGGGUUGGAUCACUCUCUGAGUCCCCCUAUCCUUCAGUCAGUGUCCUCUUGGUGGCGCUGAUUUGAACGUUCUCCUUUAUCUCUUGAUGGUGAAACAACAGGCUGUGGAAAUACAGGUCACAAGGGUAGCCGGCAGAACCAACGGCAUUGGUUUUAGACUGUUUUCCACAGAGGCAGACAGUAAAGAAUCAAAGAUGUGGACAUA